AAAUCAAUGCAAAAGGUGUGAUUCUGAAGGCCUUUGAGCAGUACCGCCUCAAGAGCUGCAUCGACUUCCAGCCUUGGAGUGGAGAAGCAAAUUACAUUUCCAUCUUUAAAGGCAGCGGCUGUUUCUCCUCUGUGGGAAACCGGCGAGUUGGGAAGCAGAGACUCUCAAUCGGGAGAAACUGUGACCGCAUCGCCACCAUUGAACACGAGUUCCUUCAUGCUUUGGGUUUCUGGCACGAACAGUCCAGAUCAGAUCGCGAUGAUUAUGUCCAGAUCAUGUGGGACCGCAUCUCAGAGGGUAGAGAACACAACUUUAACACCUACGACGACACCACCUCCAGCUCCUUGGGUGUACCCUAUGACUACGGUUCCAUGAUGCACUACAGUAAAAAUGCCUUCCGCAAUGGCACCGAGCCCACCAUUGUGACCAAGAUCCCUGCUUUCAGUGAUGUCAUUGGCCAGCGUAUGGAGUUCAGUGACAGCGACCUGCUCAAGCUGCACCGCCUAUAUAACUGCACUGAGGGCUCCACAUUCCUGGACUCAUGUGACUUUGAACGUGAGAACAUCUGUGGGAUGAUCCAGGGACAGGGAGACAAGGAAGCAUGGGUCAGGGUUGCCAAAGCUGACGGAGGGCCCAGCACUGACUACUCCAACAUGGGCAAAUGCACUGGCUCGGGAUAUUUCAUGCACUUCAGCACUGGAACAGCCAACCCUGGGGAUACAGCUUAUCUGGAGAGCAGGAUCCUUUACCCAAAACGAGGAUUCCAGUGUCUGCAGUUCUUCUACUACAACAGCGCCGGCCCCAGCGACUCACUAACGAUCCAUGUCAGAGAAUAUGACGAAGCUAACCCCAACGGAAAGCUGCGCCUCAUUAAGACCAUAGAUGGAUCCCCUCAGGAGCUGUGGCAGCUGCACCACGUGAGUCUAGAUGUCAAAACAAAAUUCCGCGUUGUGUUUCAAGGGACAAAGGAAGGUACUGGGACGGCGGCAGGGGGACUGUCACUAGAUGACAUCAACCUUUCUGAGACCAUCUGCCCAGAGUUUAUAUGGCGAGUGAAAAACUUCAGCAAUGUUAUGGACAACACCCCAUCAAACACGUCUAUCUUCAGCCCGCCGUUCACCUCGAAAGAGGGUUACACCUUCCAAAUGGAGCUGUACCCCAACGGUAAGGCAGGCUACCCUGAUGAGUUGUCGGCCUAUGCUCAUCUGGUGGCCCGUGAAGGUGACGCAGGACAGAAAUGGCCGUGUCCCUGGAAACAGAUGACCAUGAUGCUGAUGGACCAGCACCCACACAUCCAAAAGCGCAUGUCCAACCAGCGCAGUGUCACCACCGACCCCAACAUGAAAGCGACAGGCUCUGACCUGUUUUUCUGGGACGACCCUCGCAAGGUGGGCACUGAGGUCACACAUACAGAUGGGUCCAAGUAUUUCCGAGGGCCAGGCGCUGGCACUGCAGUGUAUCUCACCCACCUCAGAGCAAAGAGCAGGGAUUUCAUAAAGGGAGGAGACGCCAUCUUUCUCCUCACCAUGGAAGACGUGUCUCAUCUGACGGUAUCCCAGCCUGUGCCUCCUACAACCUCACCUCCGCCUCCCUCAACCUCAGCUCCUCCUCCCACAAUCUCAACUCCGCCUCCCACAACCUCAACUCCGCCUCCCACAACCUCAACUCCGCCUUCCACAACCUCAACUCCGCCUCCCACAACCCAGAUACCUGAUGUCUGCCUCAAUGUGCAAUGUGAGAAUGACGGCAUUUGUGUGGCAGAUGAGGGCAAGGCUGCUUGCAGAUGUGUGGUGGGUGACGACUGGUGGUACUAUGGGGACAGCUGUCAGCACAAGGGCUCAAACAAGGAUAAAACCACUGUUGCACUCGCCUCUUCUUUGUCUGUACUGGGAGUGAUGCUGGUUGUUACAGCCGUCAGUGUAAUCUGUGUGAAGAAGAGGUAUAAGAAACGCAGUGACGCCAACAGUGUUGUCAUGGAAAACAUGGGCGCACAUACGAGACCGUAGUAGGAGAGCGUAAUCUGCUGCAGACAAGCAGAGCCAAGUAAAAAAAAAAAGUUAAUAUUUUUUUAAAAUGAAAUUUUAAAAUAAAAAAUAAUGUUUUUUUAUUUCAAUUUUUUUAAAUAAAUAUCUUGAAAACCAGGCAUUCAUAGACAGGUUCCCUACAGUAUAAGGCCAGUUAGAUUCACCAGUUUCAUAUCACCACUUGGAAUUAAAUUAAAGACAAAUUUUACAAUAACCAAAAUCGAAGAACAAUUUUGCCCAAAAGUUUAUGUUACAUAAAACAAGACAUUUUUCAUUUGGUGAAAAAGUUAGAUCUUCUUCAUUCAGUGUUACACAUGAGGGUAACACAUGAAAGACAAUGAACGUAUUGUAUUAUAAUAAUCUAUUUUGUUUUCCAGCUGAAGCAGAAAAUAUGUUGCAUUUUUUGGCCUGUUUA